AUGGCCAGCAGAGGAGCCACAUUGAGAAGUGGUCGAGCACCGAGGAGUCAUGCGGCUGCCAGGGACGUGCCGACCACGGGGUCUGACUGGGAUCCCCCUGCUUCGAGAGGUGACGACCCCAAGCAGGAAGCCUUGCCUACCGGAAUGGAGGAAGGCGGCGCGCGUGGUCGGGAUGACCACCGCGGGAAUAAUCCAAACAACACCGGGAGCGCAGCCGCUGCAGCCAGGCGCGCUCGUAGAAGCUUAAGCUUGAAUAGUUUGAAUAGGUAUAUGGUAGACACUGAGAUUAAUAGUGUCUAUAGAAGCUCUGUGAAUGAUGCACAGACUGUUGUUACUGAAACUAAGGAACUCAUUACAUCCUUGAUGGAUAGGUUAAGUAGAAUUGAGAAUGCUAUUAAUAUGAAUGGUAGCAUUUUUGAGGUUUCCCGUGCACCAGAGGACUCCGAUAACAGUCACGGUCGCGAAGAAUCGCAGGAAAUUACAAUUGAUAAUGAUUACUUACAAAUUCAGGAAAUGGAAAGGAAACUCACUGAAAUGAAGAAGGCAUACACGAGACGAUAUCAAUCCAUUGAAGUUCAACCGAAAACUGAGAGACGUGGUAUAUCCACCACUCCCAUGUCUCAUGAUGUCGAAGAUCUUAUCACGCAAGCGGCGCGUCAACAAACGCAGGCUAGACGGACAGAGGCUAUUAAGCCUAGCAACCAGUUACCCGCGGAAAGUUUACUCGGACAGCUUCUGGCCAACCCGAAAGGUAAUAGCGGCAAGGAGCAUGCCGAGUUAAGCGCCCGAGCACUGGGACCGUUGGACACCGAGGGACACAUAAUAAAUCCCGCGAGAUUCAAACCGUUACCGCCUACAGCCCCGGAUAAGUAUCAUGGCGAUGCAGACUUUAUGAAAUUUUACAAAUACAUUACUCAGUGUGACAGAUUUUGUAAAGAGGCUGCAUUACCUCCCCAGGAUCAAGUAGUGAAAUGUGCUGAUUACCUCGCCGGAAAAGCAUACAAAUUCUACUCUACAAUGGUGUCCAUAAGUGUAGACUCCUGGGACAGGCGACGAUUCUUUACUGAACUUUAUAAUUAUUGCUUCCCACCCGAUUACAGACUGAAACAAAGAAAGAAACUCGAGAAGUUUUCUCAAGGAUCAAUGACUGUGGCUGAGUAUGCUGCCGAAUUAUUGAUUUUAUUCCGCAUUGUGGGAAAGUCUACUCCUUCGCAACGCGUAGAUCGUUUGUGGAACGGAUUGAAACCUGAAUUACAAUCCGCCCUUUGGAAGGAAGGCCUCGACUACGAGCAAAACACGUGGGAUGAAGUCAUUAGAAUUGCUACUCGCUAUGAAGUUGCGCAUGAAAUUGAAAGAAAUCAACGACAAUAUAUAAAAUACAAUAAGCAAUACUAUGUUUCUGGUAAAUAUGACUACAAGACACAUGAUAACAACUAUGGUGUAAAUAAUGACGACGAGCCGAGUGACAGUGAUCAUGGUCAACUUUCAUCGGGGGGAACAGAUGAUGACUCAGAUCAAGACAAGGAAGACAAGGUGUUAGCUUUACCUCAGGAUUCAAAUGUGAAAGCUAGCGGAUAUAUCCGAAAUGCCCAAAUUAAAUGCUACAGAUGCGGGAAAACUGGGCAUAUCGGACGUCACUGCAGGAAUGUUCGCCGAAACAUCUCGUCUACAUAUAACGAGUCACCGAGUGUAAGCAACCGUGACCGUGCGCUCGAUAGUAAUAGCGAGAAUGAGCACCACGGAGCAACAGACCAGACUGCCAGUGGUUUGGGAUCAUAUUUCAUGGAAGUUGAAGUGGCUAUGUGUGACAUUGCAGACACAGGGUUGAACACAGAUAUUUACAGUUACAGUGACCACUCUGCUAUUGAUACUACGGCCUCACAAGGAACUAAUGUCGAACUGAGCGAAUUACACGUUAAUCAAAUCCUCGUAUCCGAAGAUUUGGAGGGCGGGUGGACACAACUUGCACAAACCGUGACAGCCCAACUUCAGGAUGAAGAUGUUGACCUCAAGCCGGAGAAAAUUGCUACAUCCCUUUUUGAUGCAGAUUCUUUGGUUAAACAAGGUAUCGAGUGUCAGAAAUCUUGCCCUAUCGAGUUCACCCAUGAAAGCGGCGACAUAAGUCAUUCCUUUGGAAUGCCUGGAGGGCAGGUUAUCGAACUGCGUCUCCCUCCUUUGCCCAUUAAUAUACCAGCCGAAGCAAAGUUCGAUUCGAUUCAAGCUCGCCGUAGUACUGCUAAUAACAUGAGCCACGGUGCCGCGCAAGCCUCUCCUCCUCCUGUAGUAUGGCGCCCGGACGAUAAUCAACGGCCAGCUCCAUCUCAUCCGGGAUCUAGUGAGAUAUAUCGUCCUGAUAUCUUGCAGACCAUUGAAAAGAGGAUCGCGGAACUUGACAAGGAGCUGCGGGAAUUGAGCCUCGAUGUCCAUGCACACCCUGAGCUGGGGUUCGAAGAAAUCCACGCGCACGACGUGUACACCUCAUUCCUCGAGAAGCACGGCUUUGAAAUGACGAGGAACUUUCAUCUGAAAACUGCCUGGCAAGCGGUUUUCCAACAUGGUAGUGGAGGGAGAGUCGUUGGAAUCAACUCGGAGAUGGAUGCGCUUCCUGGUAUUGGCCAUGCUUGUGGACAUAAUUUGAUAGGAAUAUCAGGCGUUGCUGUCGCAUGUGCUAUCAAAGCCGCUAUGGAGAAACACGAUAUUUCUGGCAAGAUCAUUCUUCUGGGUACACCAGCUGAAGAAGGCGGAGGUGGCAAAGUCAUUCUCCUCGAUAAAGGCGCAUACAAGGAGAUGGAUAUUUGCUUAAUGUCACACCCUGCACCUGGUCCUGUUGGGUCUGUAAGCUUGUCGGGUUCCCUUGCGAUUCAGCAAAUUACUGCAGAAUAUCGUGGUCAUACUGCUCAUGCAGCCCUUUCGCCAUGGGAAGGAAAGAACGCUUUAGACGCGGCCGUCCUUGCAUACACCAAUGUCUCGGCGCUGCGCCAGCAGCUGAAGCCUACCGUACGCGUACAUGGUAUAUUUGAAGGCAAAGACUGGGCAGUCAAUAUUAUUCCUGACUAUGCAAAAUACAAAUGUCUUGUCCGAGCACCCACUUUAAAGGAAUUAAAAGUAGCCGUGGCCAAGGUUUUGCCGUGCUUCAAAGCAGCGGCUUUGGCUACCGGAUGCGAAGUGACUAUCGAGUCUCCGAUGACUUUGACGGAGAUUCGACAGAAUCGCGCGUUAGGUUCUGAAGUGGCCAACGUCGUCGUAAAUAAAUAUGGGGCCAUUGACUACGAAUGGGGCAUCAAAAGCGCUUCAACCGAUUUCGGUAAUAUCACGUAUGCCCUUCCGUCCCUCCACCCAGGCUUCGCCAUUCCAACCGUCAUAAACGGAGGUAACCACACUAGAGAUUUCGCAGCGUCAGCAGCGACGAUGGAGGCACAUUACGCUACACUUGAUGUAUCAAAGGCGUUGGCGGCGGCAGGUGUGAGGGUAUUGACUGACGAGGAGUUCUUUAAGGAGGUCCGAAGAACGUUUGAAGAAGAUAUGAAGGAAUACAAUUCAGAUUAG